AAUUCAAUUUUUUUUCAGCAAGUCUAUUUAAAUUCUAAUCAAGUUUAUUUUUCAAAGCUCUUACACUUGGCAAGCUGUUUGAACACGUCGUUACAAGCAUCAAGAGUGUGAGCGAAACUUGUCUUUUUUUUUGGUUAACCCUACAUUCAAACAGCAGGCGAUUGUUUGUUAAUGAGGCGUAGUGAAAGGAUCGCCGAUAAAGUUCGUAUUGACUACAAAUCAUUACAUGCUACUGGAGCUAUAAAUCAAAUUUCUUCUGAAGUUCAAGAUACUCCAGUAGAUGGAAAAAUUGUAGUAAUGGCAUCCGAAGACACUAGUAUCAGCAAAAACUCAGACCCAGUUAUUCAACUAUCAAUCGAUGAAUCAAUACUAGCUGAUGACAUUGACGAUUUUGUGGAUGAAAACCAGUCAGGAUAUUAUGGCGAAUCAAUUGAAGAUAUAGAUUCGAAUAUCAAGCAAAUGGAAAAUUUACGCACCCAGUAUAGGCGAAAACACAGGGAGCUAUCAGCAAACUUAAAGGAACUUUACGAAGGAACGUAUGGUAAAUCAUAUACUCUCAAAAUCGAAAGCAUGAAGAGUUUCGUUAUGAUGAAGAGAGAGCGUCGACAGAGAUUACGAGAAAGACAAAAUCUUGGCGACAUAGAAUCAUCAGAAAGAAAAAUGAAAUUCCUUGUCAAUGAAAUCAUUCAGUUAAUUUCGUAUUUACAGGAAUCUUUCACAUCAUCCCUGUCCACCUUGGAUGAUAAGGAAAUCAAAAAGAGAAAAGAGGAUUUGCCGGAGCAGUUAAGUCAGAUGGAAACAUUAAGAAAAUCCUUUAAAGAAAUGAUCGAAACCGCGAAAGGGAAGGAUGAAGGUAAUUUAGAUGAUCUAAAUAAAAGGUAUGACAAACUUGUUGAUCUCAAAAACUGUUACAUCAAAACCCUUGAUCAGGAAUAUCAGGAUAGGGAACUUUCAAAAGUGGAGAAGUUUAACUCAUCAACUUUGAAUAUAAAAUUACCUAUAUUUAAAGGUUAUGGCAGUGUUUGUGAUAUAUAUACAUUUCAAACUGACUUCAGGGAAAAUUACUGCUUCUUUAAAUAUGAUGUUUUUUUUUUAUCAAGAUUCCAACAUCGUUCCCAGAAGGCUUUUUGCUCGCCGUCAUAUAUGCAAAAAGAUACAACAUGUCCUGGGAUCGAGGUUGCCCAGAAUCAAGACUACACACAAAUAACUGCGCCUGCGCGAUUCUUGUGCGUUAUCAAUAUUUUGUCAAGGCUUGGUCACAAUGCUAAACUGCGUUAUUUUGGCUGUGAGCUUUUCAGAACGAAGGUGAAUUUUGGCGACCUGAGCUCUGGGGAGGAGAAUGGUUUUUUACCUGUGUUUCCUGUUUAUCAAAAGACUGAGCAGAGAAUAAAAAGACGGAGACCCACUAGAAAAGACCAAGUGACGUAA